AUGAAUACAGAUAGCGGUGGGUGUGCUCGCAAACGUGCUGCCAUGUCUGUCACAUUAACAUCUGUGAAGAGAGUUCAAAGUUCUCCAAACCUAUUGGCUGCAGGGCGUGAUUCCCAUUCACCAGACUCAGCUUGGAGAUCUUACAAUGAUCGAAAUCAAGAGACACUGAACGGAGAUGCUACAUACUCCUCUCUCGCAGCAAAAGGUUUUAGAAGCGUUCAGCCAAAACUACAAGGGAAAAAAUCACCUAUUCAGAGCCAGAUAACAGUGAAUGGAAACUCUGCUGGUGCUGUGAGUCCAAUGAGUUACUACCAAAGGCCGUUUUCCCCUUCAGCUUACUCUCUACCCAGCUCGUUCAGCUCAAGCAUUACCAUGCCACAUGGACGAUCACUUGAUUCCACAGAGAUGUAUCCCCAGCACGCGCAGUCUCUGGACGGCACCACAGGCGGCACCAUACCGCUGUACAGGUCCUCAGAGGAGGAGAAAAGAGUAACAGUCAUCAAAGCCCCCCACUACUCGGGGAUCGGGCCAGUGAAUGAAUCCGGAAUCCCCAUAGCAAUUAGGACGACAGUUGACAGGCCGAAGGACUGGUACAAGACAAUGUUUAAGCAAAUUCAUAAGGUGUAUAAGCCUGAUGAUGAUACAGACAUGUAUAAUACUCCUUAUACAUAUAACGCAGGCCUGUACAACUCACCAUACAGCGCUCAGUCACACCCUGCAAUAAAGACCCAGACCUAUAGACCUCUCUCUAAAAGCCACUCGGACAAUGGUACAGAUGCCUUUAAGGAUGCAUCCUCCCCUGUGCCUCCCCAACCUGGUCCACCUCCAGUCCCACCACUUCGACCAAGAGAUCGAUCUUCAACAGAAAAGCAUGACUGGGAUCCUCCAGACAGAAAAGUGGACACAAGAAAAUUUCGCUCUGAGCCAAGGAGUAUUUUUGAAUAUGAACCGGGGAAGUCAUCAAUUCUUCAGCAUGAAAGACCAGCCUCCUUGUAUCAGUCCUCCAUAGACAGAAGCCUGGAGAGACCCAUGAGUUCUGCAAGUAUGUCCAGUGACUUUAGGAAAAGGAGGAAGAGCGAGCCUGCAGUAGGGCAGCCAAGUGGUUUGGGAGAUCACAAUUCAAGCAGGAUCAGCCCAGGCCGAGUGGACCUCCCUGGCUCAAGUGCCACCCUUUCAAAAUCUUUCAUUAGUUCUUCUCCUUCUUCCCCAUCAAGAGCAAAAGGUGGGGAUGAUAGCAAAAUGUGUCCAUCCCUUUGCAGUUAUUCAGGGCUCAACGGCAACCCCUCAAGUGAGUUAGAUUACUGUAGCACGUAUAGACAGCAUUUGGAUGUCCCACGGGACUCGCCAAGGGCUAUUACUUUCAAGAAUGGCUGGCAAAUGGCUCGGCAAAAUGCAGAGAUCUGGAGCAGCACUGAAGAAACGGUUUCCCCCAAAAUCAAAUCUCGUAGUUGCGAUGAUCUCCUAAACGAUGAGUGUGAUAGCUUUCCUGACCCGAAAAUGAAAUCGGAAAGCAUGGGCUCUCUGUUAUGUGAGGAGGACCCCAAAGACAGCUGUCCCCUUCCGUGGGCGUCCCCAUACAUCCAAGAGAGCCGCAGCAGUGGCAGAUCCCGGAUUAGACACAGGUCAGCCCACGAUGCUCCCGGGUUCCUGAAAAUGUACAAGAAAAUGCACCGCAUUAACCGCAAAGACUUGAUGAAUUCAGAGGUGAUCUGCUCAGUAAAGUCGAGAAUUAUGCAGUAUGAAAAUGAGCAGCAACACAGGGGCCUAUUGCAUGGGUGGAGCCAGUCCUCCACUGAGGAGGUGCCCAGGGACAUGGUGCCCACCCGCAUUUCUGAGUUUGAGAAGUUGAUUCAAAAGUCAAAAUCAAUGCCAAAUUUGGGAGAUGAAAUGUUGUCUCCUGUGACCCUAGAGCCACCACAAAAUGGUCUGUGUCCCCAAAGGCGAUUUUCCAUUGAAUCUUUGCUGGAGGAAGAAAAUCAGAGUCGACAUCCUUCUCAGGUACAAAGAAGCUACAAACCUAAAACUCUGGUGCCCAUUCAUAUUGAAGUCACCAGCGAUGAGCAACCAAGAACUCAUGUGGAGUUUUCUGAUAGUGACCAAGAUGGAGUUGUGUCUGACCACAGUGACUUCAUUCAUGUAGAGGGAUCAUCCUUCUGCAGUGAAAGUGACUUUGAUCACUUUUCUUUCACAUCGUCUGAAAGUUUUUAUGGAUCCAGCCACCAUCACCACCACCACCACCACCACCACCAUCACCGGCACCUCAUCAGUUCCUGCAAAGGCCGGUGUCCUGCCUCUUACACUCGAUUCACCACAAUGUUAAAACAUGAACGAGCAAAGCAGGAAAAUGUUGAUGAGCCCAGGAGACAAGAAAUGGACCCUGGCCUUUCUAAACUUGCAUUUCUAGUCAGUCCUGUGCCUUUCCGGAGGAAAAAAAAUCCAACUCCCAAAAAACAGACGGAAAAGUCAAAAUGUAAAGCAUCUGUUAUUGAGGCUCUGGAUUCUGCCCUUAAAGACAUUUGUGACCAAAUUAAAGCUGAAAAGAGGAGGGGAAGUUUGCCAGACAACAGUAUAUUGCAUCGUCUUAUUAGUGAACUGCUGCCAGAUGUUCCUGAAAGGAAUUCAUCACUUAAUGCUCUUAAAAGGAGCCCCAUGCACCAGCCUUUACACCCACUGCCUCAAGAUGGUGCUAUCCAUUGUCCAUUGUACCAGAAUGAUUGUGGGAGAAUGCCUCACAGUGCCUCUUUCCAAGAUGUGGACUCAACCAACAACAACUACCACCAUGACAGUACACUGAAUCUCCAAGACCGUGAGUCCCCUAGAGGUUACCCUUCGACACUGACUGACUUGGGGAGGAGUGCACCAGGGGAAAGAAGAGGAACACCAGAAAAAGAGAAACUUCCUGCAAAAGCUGUUUAUGAUUUUAAGGCUCAGACAUCUAAGGAGUUGUCGUUUAAGAAGGGAGAUACUGUCUACAUCCUCAGGAAAAUUGAUCAGAAUUGGUAUGAAGGAGAACACCACGGCAGAGUCGGCAUUUUUCCUAUCUCAUAUGUAGAGAAACUCAUACCUCCUGAGAAAGCACAGCCUGCGAGACCACCUCCCCCAGCGCAGCCUGGAGAGAUUGGAGAAGCUAUAGCCAAAUAUAACUUCAAUGCAGACACAAAUGUGGAACUAUCUCUGAGAAAGGGAGAUCGAAUUAUUCUUCUUAAAAGAGUUGAUCAAAACUGGUAUGAAGGCAAAGUUCCAGGAACCAACAGACAAGGCAUCUUUCCUGUUUCCUAUGUAGAAGUAGUCAAGAGGAAUCCAACAAAAGGUGCUGAGGACUAUCCUGACCCUCCAAUACCCCACAGCUAUUCUAGUGAUACAAUUCACAGCUUAAGUUCAAACAAGCCACAGCGUCCUGUGUUUACUCAUGAAAACAUUCAAGGUGGGGGGGAACCAUUUCAGGCUCUGUAUAACUAUACUCCUAGGAAUGAAGAUGAGCUGGAACUGAGAGAGAAUGAUGUCAUUGAUGUGAUGGAGAAGUGUGAUGAUGGAUGGUUUGUGGGAACCUCAAGAAGAACCAAAUUCUUUGGUACUUUUCCUGGAAACUAUGUCAAGAGGCUAUGA